ACAGAUAAAGGGAGCGGGUCCGGCGCCGAGGCAGCUAAUCCCAUUCGCUGUCCGCCUGCUGCUGUUCUGCUAGUGCUCUCCGCGACUCCUCCGCCACCGAGUACCAAGAGGCCCACGGCUGCGAUGGCGACCAUCACCACGCCGCUCCGCUCCGCGCUGCUCUCCCCGGCCGCCGCCGCCUCCUCGGCGCGCCGCCGCGGGGGCAGGCGCGCGCCCGCCUCCGUCCGGUGCGAUUCCUCUCCGCCCGCGGCGUCGGCGGCGGCGUCGCUCGACCCGGACUUCGACAAGAAGGCCUUCCGCCACAAUCUCACCCGCAGCGACAACUACAACCGCAAGGGCUUUGGCCACAAGAAGGAGACCCUCGAGCUCAUGAGCCAGGAGUACACCAGUGAUGUCAUCAAGACACUCAAGGAGAACGGGAACCAGUACACCUGGGGGCCCGUCACGGUGAAGCUGGCGGAGGCCUACGGAUUCUGCUGGGGCGUCGAGCGCGCCGUGCAGAUCGCAUACGAGGCGCGCAAGCAGUUCCCCGAGGAGCGCAUCUGGCUCACCAACGAAAUCAUCCACAAUCCCACAGUUAACAAGAGAUUGGAUGAGAUGGGCGUCGAAAUCAUUCCUGUUGACGCGGGUAUUAAGGAUUUUAAUAUUGUUGAUCAAGGUGAUGUUGUUGUAUUGCCUGCAUUUGGAGCUGCUGUCGAGGAGAUGUACACGCUAAAUGAGAAGAAAGUGCAGAUAGUCGAUACAACCUGCCCCUGGGUUUCAAAGGUGUGGAACAUGGUCGAAAAGCACAAGAAGAGUGACUACACUUCGAUUAUUCACGGAAAAUAUGCCCAUGAAGAAACUGUUGCCACUGCUUCUUUUGCAGGAAAGUACAUCAUUGUGAAGAAUAUAGCAGAGGCAAUGUAUGUAUGUGAUUAUAUACUUGGUGGCCAACUUGAUGGGUGUAGCUCAACAAAAGAGGAGUUCCUUGAGAAAUUCAAAAACGCUGUUUCUCCAGGAUUUGACCCGGAUGUUGAUCUGGAGAAAGUAGGCAUUGCAAAUCAAACAACGAUGCUUAAAGGAGAAACUGAGGAAAUUGGGAAACUUGUUGAGAAGACUAUGAUGCGUAAGUAUGGAGUUGAAAAUGUCAAUGACCACUUCAUCGCCUUCAACACUAUUUGUGACGCCACUCAGGAAAGACAAGAUGCUAUGUAUCAGUUAGUGAAGGAGAAAGUUGACCUUAUUCUGGUUGUUGGAGGAUGGAACUCCAGUAACACCUCUCAUUUGCAAGAAAUUGGAGAACUCGGUGGAAUUCCAUCCUACUGGAUCGACAGUGAACAAAGGAUCGGACCAGGAAACAGGAUCGCCUACAAGCUAAAUCAUGGUGAACUUGUCGAGAAAGAGAACUGGCUACCCGAAGGGCCUAUUACAAUUGGUGUUACUUCUGGUGCUUCAACUCCAGACAAGGUUGUUGAGGAUGCGCUGCAGAAGGUAUUCGAGAUCAAGCGUCAGGAAGUUUUGCAGGCUGUGUAAAUUUUAAGCAGGAAUUGGUCAAGAGCAUAAUAGCUGAUGGCUUGGCAAAGGUUAGUAGAACCAUUGCACAGGCAAUGCUUGUACAGUAGCUAAGAAUGUAACGCUUUUGGCCCAUACUAUCACGAGGCACUGUCCUUGUGCUGGGAUUUACAGUCUAGUGGAAACGAAAAUGUAGUAAUCAUUUAUACGAAUAACAUUUGCAGCAGUUGUUACAACUUUUUGGCCCUUGAAUUUAUGCCAGGGAAGUAUUUCUUCGUAUAAAGACUGAUUUGUUAGUUCU